UGUCGGUGCAUCGCUAACACUCUUGCAAGCUGCCAACGCAAGGAAAUUGCACGCCGCCACCGCUGCGCAUCCAGCACAAACACAAAUCGAAAAAAAAUGCGUUUCAUCAAGGAGUGUUUUCAGCGCCCGCCCGAGGAGGGCAAGGGCCCCUGGCCCCACCGCGCCGCCGAGCCCUGGCGUAGUAUGAACAAAGUAGGAGACAGAGAGGGCGUCGACGAGCUCUUCCAGGCCGGCGAGACGUCCGAAGCGCCUCUUGAGCUAGAUAGGGAUACGCUGAGCGGCGACCUCGGCCCGCUCAAGUACAAGAAGUACGACUUGUUGAUUGUCGGCUGUGGCUUAUCCGGUUGUGUGCUAGCUGAGCGCUGUUCGAGAGAACUGGGAAUGACGUCACUCAUUAUCGAUGUCAGAGACCACAUCGGAGGCAACUGCUACGAUUAUCUGGACGAAGCAGGCAUCCGCUGUAGUAAGUACGGCGCGCACUUGUUCCAUACGAAAUAUGAAAGAGUGUGGAAGUACGUGACACGCUUUAGCGAGUGGAUGGCUAAUGAUCACAGGGUCAGGGGCAUGGUGCCCGACUUCGAGGGCGUGAAGAAGCUGGUGCCGAUUCCGCCGACGCAGGAGACGGUCAACACCCUAUUUCCCGACGCCAACAUCAAUUCAGAGGACGACAUGCUGCGGUGGUACGAGGGCCAGCGCGUCAAGCCGUCAAGUGGUGAAGCGAAGAACGGGGAGGAGGCCGCUCUAUCUCGAGUCGGACCUCUCUUAUACGAGCGCAUCUUCAAGCACUACACGAAGAAGCAGUGGGACAAGUAUCCCGCGGAAUUAGACGCCUCGGUGCUGAUGCGCUUGCCUUGUAGAACGUCGACGGACGACCGCUACUUCGGCGACGCCUGGCAGGCAUUGCCCGUUCGCGGUUAUACGCGUAUUUUUGAAAAUAUGCUGCUCAGGGACCCCAAAAUUACCAUCAAGCUCAAUGUCGACUUCUUCGCCGCUAGAGAGGCUGGGCUGUUGCCCGCGCAUGGCAAGCUCGUCUUCACGGGCCCCAUCGACGCCUACUUCGCGGCCCAGGGCCUCCCGAAGCUCGAGUACCGCUCUUUAAGAUUUGAGGAGGAGUUCAUUGAAGAGCCCGAGGACGGCUUCUACCAGCCCGCGUUCGUCGUCAACCACCCCUCGUCCGACGUGCCCUUCACGCGCAUCGUCGAGUACAAGCACGUGCCGAACCAACCUAGCAAUGUCAAGGCAGGUCAAGUCAAGGGCACGCGCAUCGCCAAGGAAUAUAGUUCCGCGGAGGGCGACCCGUACUACCCCGUGCCGAACCCGGAAAACCGCGCGUUGUACGAACGUUACAGACAGUUGGCCGAGAAGGAGUCGGACGUCUGCUUCGUCGGCCGGUUAGCGUCCUACAAGUACUUCAACAUGGACCAGGCCAUCCUCAACGCGCUGGAGAUGUUCGACUCGCUCAAGGAGUCCGGGAAAUUGCAGCCGAAGCGGCGGCCCGAGGACUUCGGGCCCGGCGACGGGCCGAAGUAGGUCCCCAUUCCUGCCCUAAGGACCU